AUAUUCAUUUACAUACAAAAGGGGGCCAUGAAGGUGCAUAUGGGCAUAAGCCGCAGCUUGGUGGCUCUAUUGUUGGUGAUGAUCUGCUUAUCAUGCAAUAUGUCAAGGGUAUGGGCCACGACACAGCAGUUGGAGGUGUGGCGACAACAAAAGCGAUUGAAUAAGCCUGCAGUCAAGAGCAUCAAGAGCUCUGAUGGAGAUAUCAUAGACUGUGUCCAUAUCUCUCAUCAACCAGCCUUUGAUCAUCCUUUACUCAAAAACCACACUAUCCAGAUGAGGCCAAGUUUCUACCCAUUGGGCCUGUACGAUGAGAACAAGGUGGCGUCAAAGAUGGAACCUAGCUCUGUACCUCAGCUUUGGCAUCAAAAUGGGAGGUGUCCAGAGGACACCAUCCCUAUUAGGAGGACCAAGAAGGACGAUGUGGUGAGGGCUACCUCUGCCGAAAGAUAUGGAAAGAAGGGGCACAAGACGAUCCCAAAUCCCACUUCUGCACUUCCUAAUGAGGAUGACGGUGGAUAUGAGCAUGCGCUUCUUUAUGUCACGGGAGAUAAGUACUAUGGAGCAAAGGGAACCAUAAAUGUGUGGAACCCGAAGAUCCAAGAGCAGGGUGAGUACAGUUCAUCUCAGCUCUGGGUUCUUGGAGGUCCUCCAGAAUCACUCAAUACCAUCGAAGCUGGUUGGCAUGUUAAUCCAGGUGUGUAUGGAGAUAAUAGAACAAGACUAUUUACUUUCUGGACUGCUGAUAAUUAUGGAUCAAAAGGCUGCUACAACCUACUUUGUUCUGGGUUCGUUCAAGUCAACAAGGAAAUAGCGUUGGGUGCUACCAUCCACCCAAUUUCCAGCUAUGAUGGACCCCAGUAUGAAAUCACUAUACUUAUCUGGCAGGAUCCAAAUUCGGCGAAUUGGUGGUUGCAGUAUGGGAAUCGAUCUGCAUUGGGCUACUGGCCUUCAUCCUUAUUCCCCCAUUUGCGUGACAGUGCCUCAGAGAUACAAUGGGGAGGGGAGAUUCUGAACUUAAAUGUAAGUGGUCAACACACCUCCACAGAGAUGGGCAGUGGGCAUUUCGCAGGAGAGAAGUUUCGCUGGGCGAGCUUCUUCAAGAACAUUCGAAUAGUUGAUCACUCCAAUGAAUAUCAAACUCCUCAAGGCGAUCAGAUAGUGAUGACGCGAAUCUUGUGCUAUGAUCUGGAGUGGGACAGCGGUGAUAGUUUCUACUACGGGGGCCCUGGUAUAAAUCAAGAAUGUCCAUAGAAGUUAUUAGUUCUUUGUAUCUCCUUCUUGUUGGGAGAAAAACAAUUAUGGAAGAAUAAAAUUGUGAACAAGCGAUGCACAACGAGAGUAAAUAUUUUUCUUUUAUACAAUCAAGUAAACUAUCAAAAUCAUCAAGCACUAACAAUCAAGACACCCAAUCAAUAAUCAA